UGUAAUAUACGGGUAGAUUGCCGAGCCUCGCAGCUUAGCACUUCUUAAGACGAAUGAUAUCGCAUCGAAACAAGGCAUCUCCCAGUCCCUGUCUCAUAAUACCUACGACACAGUCAAACACACCAACCGAUAGUAACCAACCCUCCUAGAACCCAUCAACAUGUCCGGUCCCCCCUGCGCGCGCGAAACGCACCACCUCAAAAUCGACAUCGACUUCGACCGCAUCCUCACCAUGAUCUUCCCCCACACCUCCUGGGCGGACUCUUUCAUGGACCACCUCGAAAGCCGCCCGUACCACCAAGACUGCAGAGCACGGUUGGACGACGCGUACACGGUGAGCAUGAAGCUGCCAAAAAACGUCGACCGCAUGCACAUCGGACUCUCGACCAGCGCCAACGAGGGCGGCGCCAUAGCGCUCGUCUUCGACGACAAGCGCUGUGCCCGGGAUUGGUUGGCCAACUCGCCGCUGUGGGAGGCGCCGUGGGCAGGGCCAGCUAAUGGGGAGAGAUCGGCUGUGAUCAGGACGCGAUGGGCGCAUGGCGAUUUUGAAGAGCGCAUGGGUAUGCACCGCGGGACGCAGGCGAACGCGCAUGUGCCGCCGGGGACGGUGCCCGUUGGCGCUCCGACUGCCCGUCGUGCCCAUGUGAUAGGGCUGGCGGAAGAUCGCUAUUCUCGUGAUCCGUCCCCCCUUCCGGGGAUGAACCCAUUGGCGGGGAUGAACCCGUUCGCGGGGAAGAAGCCAUUCCGAUCACCAUGACGAUUCCAUGGCGUCUUGGUUUGGUAGUUUUGUGGAUGAACGAGAUAAAAGUUGCGGAAUGGGAAGGGAAUCGCGACUUCAGAAGCUGCUUGGUGUCAAGU